CUGAGUUGAAGGACCGCUGCUAAGUGAAUCUGAAAAACUUCAAUGCAGUAUUGAAGCAAUAAACUUGGCCUGUUUCUUAUGUACAAUAUCUAAUUAAAUUCCCUAUUUGAGCGAACAGUCUGAGGCAUGUUACCCAAUUGAAGCACUGCAUACUUUGCAUGUGUUUUAUGUAUUUGGUUGUGCUUUAUUAAUUCUCUUUAGGUUUACUUAGAUCCAAAAUAGAGCUCUUUUUAGGUGUUUGUGGAACUGCUGGAUUUGCACUGCAGUUUCUAGACUUGUGACUGCAUUUGAUAUUUUCAGAUGGUAGAAAUUCAUUGUGGAAUAGAUUUCAUGCUCCUUCUAGCAUCCUAAAAUAUAAUUUUGCUUUACUAAUAGCUUUCUUGUCACUUUGUCAUCCAUUUGGGCUAACAGCUUUGCACAUCCAGAACAAUUUUAUGCAUUAGCAUGCCAUCAUAAGCUAAUUCAUCAUGCAUCAAUUCUUUCCACUGUUGAAAUCAGUUAGUGAAAAUUUCAUAUAGUCAUGAGUUGUGAUCUUAUUUCAAAGGCUGGCCAUCACAAUAAUAGAUUACAUAGGAGUCUGAUGAGAGGCUCAUGAGGCAUUACUCAUGAGCUUUUAUGGUGGUUAUUUUUUAAUUUGUAACUGGCAAUUUCUGAUUUUUUUUUUCAAUUGAACUUUGAUCUUUGUUCCCAUCCUACCCAUAUCAAAAAGAUAUUUAUCCGCAUGUCGUUGACACUCUAUUCUGUUUGUGGGAAAGUUCAAGUGUUAAAAUAAAUUGAUGAGAUUUGAUGCCAUUGGAUCCAAACAAUCUUGUUUUUUGAACACAGAGAUAAAGAAGCCAUCUCAAUUGCUGCAAAUACUAGGCCUUGUCCUCCAGCCCUGGGGGAAUAGAUUUUGCAUCUAAUUGCAUCAAUCACUUCUAUAUUCACAAUUGAAUUGCAUCGGUGUGUUCUGAAAUUGGCUUCCAACCUUUGACACUGUUAGUGUACAGGCCAUAAUGGCCGUUACGACCUUUUCUUUUCUUCUUCUUUUUCUUCUUCUUCUUCUUUUAUUUUUUAUUUUUUAUUUUUAAGAAACUGUCAUGGCUCUGUAACAGGCUGUUAUGGGCCAUUUUCUGUAAUGGUCAGCCCUAUAACGCACAGUACACAUCGUUACCGUUACACAACUGUUUUGGGAUACCUUGGGGUACAUGAUUGUUUUUGCUUUAUCACUAAUUAUGCUACAGGAUUUUUAUGCUACUUAAAAUACAUUACAUUUUCUAGUUUGUUUGUUGGUCCAAUUUAAGAUCUUAACUUCUGAUUCACUUUGGAAUGAAAUAUUGCAUGAACUAGUCUUAUUUCUCUAAUGUCUCCCAGAUAGCUUGGGCUUCCUAGAUGACAAUUUCCUUGGUGAGAGAAAAUAUGGUGUAGCUGAGAAGAAUCAACCAUUUCAAAUGGACUAUGAUUCUUCUAAUUCCUUAAGAGUUGCAAAUCAUGAAAUGUAUGACUAUGGUUUUGAAGAUCCCUGUAUGGCAAACCGAAGGGACAGAGAAAAAACAUGGAACGAUUUUGAUAUGUCAGAAUCGCCCGCUCCAUAUCUUGAUCCUUUAACUUCAAGAAAAGACUAUAACUACAUAGCUCUUGAUGAGGAAAGGUAUCCUCCUGUAGUUCAUAGGAAUUGGGAUUUUAGGUGCACAGCUAAACAAUCGUCUUGGCCUUUCUUGGCAACAGAAGAUGCAAUGGAUACCAUGAGUUUGUUGAGUGAAGAGUCAUGCUCAUCAAGUGCAGUGAGGGGUGGACCGACAAAGAAAUCCGCAUCAAAAUUGAUGAAGCUAAAAACAGGCAGUAAAAGUCAUGGCAGUGACCUUCCGAAGAUCUUGGAAAAGAAUGUGAACAAUCUCAACAAAAAAGAGAUGUGUGCAAAUUUGGGUGAGGUUUGUCAAGAAAAGAAUCUAAAAGGGGUAGGAAACUAUAAGAAUGUGCCGAAUUUUUCAAGCCCUAGAACGGGUCAUUUCUUGAAAGAGUUCCCAGCCAUCCAGAAAAUUUCAGAACCACGUCACAGUUUCUUAGUUGAUGAAGGGUACACUUCAGUUCAUGAGGAGUUGGAUAUGUGCCCUUUUCACAGAACUUGCAUGGAGUUGAACACCACAUCCUUGAACUGCAAUGUUAGAACUGAAGAUGAUCUUUUCUGUCCAUUUUCUAUUACCAAAUCAUAUCCCAACCCAGAAUCAUCUCGUAAGAGAUCUAAAUUCGAUGCUCUGGGCAACCAUGCCCCUUCUGCCUGCUACUUUUCUGAAAAAGAUGUAGCGCAACAACCAGUUCAGCCUGCACAUUCCUAUGAUUCCCACAUUUCCUCGAGCAUUAGAUCCAGGUUGAUGAAGCCAGAUAUUCAACUGGCGUCCAGAACAGAAGGCCAUCCCCCACAUUCAUCUUGUGUCUUGGAUCUUCAAAAAGGUGAUGAGGUUCCUGAUGUAUCCAGGAGGUAUAAUGUCAGAAAAGACGAAGAUGAAUUAGGAUUUAGGCCAACUGGUUUCAGAGAAGCUUUGAAGGAACUGCCGAAAGGAGUGUCCAUUGAAAAUAGUGACUUGUCCUCAGGAAAUGGAAAUACUGCAGAUGUUGCAGAUUUUAAGGAUAGCUGCAGUGAGCUUGAAGAAGCAAAAGAUGAAAAUCCAGAACCUAUUGAGAGUCCGAAAGCAAGAAAUUCUCCUGAACAUGGUGAAGAGAUUCCAUUGGCUACAAAGGAAAGGCCUGGGAAGCUUGAGGGCUGUAUCAAUGCUAAACAAUAUAACAAUGAUGCUGAUGUUCCUGUAUUAUUGCAAAGUGGCAAUGAAGAGAAAGAACCUUCUAGAGCUGUUAACACUAAAAUUGGGAGCGAAGGGCAUGCCAGUGGUGACCCAUCUUACCAGGUGAUGCUCGAAAGCUAUGUUCUUCAGCUUCUUUGUGUGCAAAAGUUACUGAAGGAAGCAUCAGAACCUAAUAAUGUGAAGAAGGUAUGAUGCUUGCUAUGUUCUAUCAGGCGAAUGUUUUGAACAUUGGAGGAAGAUCACAGUAAUAUGUGGUUUUAUUUCAUAUAUUGAAUGAACUUUGUCAGCAUCUCUUCUAUGCAA